GACGUGACACGCCAGCCUCGCGCCAGCGCGCCGUAAGUGCGCAGGCGCGCCAGCCGUCCUCUUUUCUGCUCUUCCUUCUCCCGGUCUCCAGACGUCAGCGGCCGUUGGGUCCUAUGUCGCGCCGGGCCCUCCGGAGGCUGAGGGGGGAACAGCGCGGCCAGGAGCCCCUCGGGCCCGGCGCCCUGCAGUUUGUCCUCCACGAUGACGAUGAUGCGGAAGAAGAAGGUCCAAAGCGGGGUCCAGGUGGCCGGCGCUCCCGGGGCGCAGGCAAGGAGGGCGUCUGCGUCAACAACCGGUUCGAGCUGAUAAACAUCGAAGACCUUGAGGAGGGACCUGUGCUGAAUGGGGAGAGAUCCGAUUGUCUGCUUACAGAUGCUGUGGUGUCAGGGAACAAAAGGAGAUCUCAGAGUGGAAGUGCAGACACCAAGAAAGCUGGUGAAGCAGCUGACAAAGCAGUGCCCCCAGAGCAGUCUAAUAUAAGUGGUAAACUCCGAAAGAAGAAAAAGAAACAGAAAAAUAAGAAAAACACUACAGGAGAAAUUUUGGAAAAUGGACUGGAAGAUAUUGACCGCAUCUUGGAGAGGAUUGAGGACAGCAGUGGUUUAAACCGCCCAGGCCCGCCUCCCCUGAGCUCGAAGAAGCAUGUCUUGUAUGUGGAGCACAGACACUUGAAUCCAGACACAGAACUGAAAAGGUAUUUUGGUGCUCGAGCUGUCCUGGGGGAACAAAGGCCAAGGCAGAGGCAGCGUGUGUACCCCAAGUGUACAUGGCUGACGACCCCUAAGAGCACCUGGCCACGGUACACCAAACCAGGUCUGUCAAUGCGCCUGCUGGAGUCCAAGAAAGGCCUCUCCUCCUUUGCAUUUGAGCAUAGUGAGGAGUACCAGCAGACUCAGCACAAGUUCCUGGCUGCCGUGGAGUCCAUGGAGCCCAACAACAUUGUGGUUCUGCUCCAGACUAGCCCAUACCACGUUGACUCACUUCUGCAGCUCAGCGAUGCCUGCCGCUUUCAGGAGGAUCAGGAGAUGGCCCGAGACCUCGUAGAGAGAGCGCUGUACAGCAUGGAGUGUGCCUUCCACCCCUUGUUCAGCCUCACCAGCGGGACCUGCCGGCUGGAUUACCGCAGACCUGAGAACAGGAGCUUCUACCUGGCCCUCUACAAGCAGAUGAGCUUCCUGGAGAAGCGAGGCUGCCCACGCACUGCGCUGGAGUUCUGCAAGCUCAUCUUGAGCCUGGAGCCUGAUGAGGACCCCCUGUGCAUGCUGCUGCUCAUCGAUCACCUGGCCUUACGGGCACGCAACUACGAGUACCUGAUCCGCCUCUUCCAGGAAUGGGAGGCUCAUCGGAACCUGUCUCAGCUCCCAAAUUUUGCCUUCUCUGUGCCAUUGGCCUAUUUCCUGCUGAGUCAGCAAGCAGACCUCCCUGAGCAGGAGCUCAACUCUGCAAGGGAGCAGGCCUCUCUCCUGAUCCGACAGGCACUCACCAUGUUCCCUGGAGUCCUCCUACCUUUGCUUGAGUACUGCAGCGUGCGGCCAGAUGCCGCUGUCGCCACUCACCGCUUCUUUGGACCGGAUGCUGAGAUAAGCCAACCCCCUGCCCUGAGCCAGCUGGUGAGCCUGUACCUCGGAAGGUCACACUUCCUCUGGAAGGAGCCCGCCACCAUGAGCUGGCUGGAGGAGAACGUUCGUGAGGUUCUGCAGGCGGUGGACUCUGGAGACCCUGCGGUGGAAGCGUGUGAGAGCAGACGGAAGGUGCUCUACCAGCGUGCGCCCAGAAAUAUCCACCGCCACGUGGUCCUGUCCGAGGUCAAGGAAGCUGUUGCUGCCCUCCCCCCGGAUGUGACCACGCAGUCUGUGAUGGGGUUCGACCCUCUGCCUCCUUUGGACACCAUCUACUCCUACGUGAGACCAGAGAGGCUGAGUCCCGUCAGCCAUGGAAACACAAUUGCACUCUUCUUCCGGUCCCUGUUGCCUAAUUACACUAUGGAGGGUAUCCUGCGAUAAGCUUCAGCCAACAGGAUAGGAGUCUACUGGGUUCCCCCAGAAAGGGGUUGGUCCUCUGAUAAUGACAGGCAAGCAAGAAGAACUUGGUACUCUGCAUCAUCCAGCCUUAAAUACAACCAGAUGGGAUUGUGAUAUCCGGAGCUGCAGCAGCCAUUUUACGAUCAGGAGUUGCUGACCCUCAAAAUGAAGAGCCAGUGUCCUAGAGAUAGGCAAAGAGAGGCUGGGCCCAGACUGGUGAAACUGCUCACUUCUGGGCCUGCUGUCCCAAGAGAUUAUUAAAUCAUCAGUGCUCAGCUAAA